AUGUUUUGCUCGGGAAACAGGAUAAUCUUUUCCCAUAGUCAGCUUGCUCUUCGUCUCAUGAGUACCUUAGUUGCUAGAUGCAGCAGCACCAAGCAGCCCACAUCACCUAUGACUACAUCUCGGCCGCUUGGCAUGAAGCGCAUCCGAGCCCGGCGUGGGGCCGGAUCCCCCACCGGAAGCACAAUAACGUGGUCAUCGAAGACAGCCAGCCUUAAACAGGAAGCAAUAAGCACGCCCACAAGCGGUGAACCUACGGUAAAUGUUGCCAAGACUCAAACAUGUGCCGAACGUGGAUCCGUCAAGGUAGGAUUGACAGGUGACCACCGACCCGGUUCAGCAAAAACUCGACUGCUCCCCGCAAUCCCCGCAUCAUCCAACUCGGUCACGACACCACCAUCGGGACUAAGCAACGACUCACAUACAACUUUAUGGAUCCAGUGCCAUGGCUGGAGGUUCAUUGACGGUCCAGGAUACAGCUAUUGGAGCUUUGAGGAUUCGUUCGACCCCGCCAGGACAGAGGUAGGGCCGACUCAGACCCCAGGCCUUAGUCCCAGGACUUGGAAUUCAUCAACGCCGACCCAUACCACUAUUCCCAAAAGUCACGUUUUCAAUCUGUCGAUGUGGAUACUGCGGGAUGUCCGGGGUCUCCGCGUUCAUUCCAUUGGAUUUAAGACCCGAACAUGUCCCGGAUUUCAACCUCGAGAUGACCCUGGUCAGAUUAGACGUUGCCACCUUGCCGCUCGAUGGGACGAACUUCUGGGGGUUCUAGCUUGA